CUGACCUGCGCUUGCCCUCUCCUUCCCCCGCAGGGCUUUGCAGUCCUAUCCCUGCUGUUCAACGUUGCCCUCAUCGCCAUCCUGUGUGCCAAAGGAGGCCAACGCGAAGACUUCCUUGGACAGGGCAACUUGACCCACCUCCACCUCCGCCCCUCGCUGGAGUCCUUGUGUCCCCAGAGAGCUUCUCUUCUCCACCUGGAGCUCUUCUUCAUUCUCUGCUUCAUGUGUGAAUUUGCCACCCGUCUCGUGUCCUGCCCAGACAAGAAGAGAUUCUUUCGAAAGGCCCUGAACGUGGUGGAUUUCCUGGCGCUUUUCCCAGUUUGCCUGGACCUCUUUUUCAGCCAGCAUGGACACCGGCUGGAAACUCUGCCAUGUUGGCUGAACUUGUUCCGCGUGGUGUAUGUCCUCAAACUUCUGAAGGUCUUCCAGCUGCUGGAGACCCCGCGGAUGCUGAGCGUCUUCCCCUACAUGCUCAGGUCCAUCUUGAAGGACAUUGCCAUCCUGUUGUGGGUUUUCCUCUUCGAAAUCCUUUUCUUUGGCUCCCUCAUGUUGUUUGCCGACUUGAUAGAGGAUCACCCCGACAAGGUGCUGCACGACAUCCUCUCGUCCUUCUGGCUGGCGGUGAUCACAUUGACCACCGUCGGCUAUGGUGACUUGUAUCCCUUCCAGCCAGCUGGCAAAGUGAUCGGGGCCUGCGCGGUGCUCUGUGGCCUGCUGACCAUCAUUGUCCCCAUUCCCAUCUUCUUCAUAAAAUUCAAGCAUCACUACACUUCCGCUGUAAUCAAGGAGAAGAGGAAGAGGAAGGAGGCGGCCACGGCGAUCCUCAGAAGUCUAACGCAGUGAUGGGGCUUUUAUUGGGGAAGGAAGCCCCUGCGGAACUCCCUGGCCCAUGAAGUGGGAUCUUCUCGCCUUUGCUGACUUUCACCUCUGCCAGGUCCCCCUGCUGCUCUGGCCUGUUUCGGGUGGGAGGCAAGGGGAAAGCCAUCCCACAGCCUGUAAAAGUUGAGCCUGAAAUGCAGACACAAACCAGGGGCCUUAGGACGAAUCCCUGGCAAAACCCUUUACUGUCACCCAGCCUGGGUUUCCUUCCCGUGUCCUUUAUUCCCUUUAUUCCCAUUUUGCAGGGCCAGAAGUCCCCUUGGGUAGCUCGGAGCCGCCCCAUGAUUCCAGAGAACCAAAACAAGCCCCUCCCUGCCAGGAAUUUCCAAAGCUCCCCUGCCCAUUCCUGGUCCAAUGACUGACAUAGCUAGUAAUGCCACCCUUUGGGCUGCCCAAAAUUGAUUUUUCCCCCUCCCAAAGCAAGCCCUGGCUCAGGGACAUGCCCGCUCCCUCUCUUGGCCCUCCUGAUGGGAGGGGGGCCGUGGGGAGAACCCCCACCAGCUGCCCUUCUCACUCCUCCUCCCACAGAAGGGCUCCUCUGGGUCAGGCUAGGAUGGGGUUGGCCUCCCCUCCAGAAUGUGCAUAGCUGG